GUGAAAUGGGAUGCCGAAUCCACACACCUGACAAAUUGUCAUAAUGUAACAUGUUCAAACAUAAAGAUGUCAGGUAUACAAUGUUUAGAUAAUAACCGAUCUUAAACACUUAUUGAAAUACUCAUUUCUAAAGCAAACAAAUACCUCAGGUAGUCAAGUUUGACACGCCUAGUAACAAGUUUAAGCUUCAUAAGAAAUUGCAGGUUUCCCCUUACGGGUAAAAAUAUUAAAACAAUUUUUUCCUAUUCCCACUCAUGCAUUCCAAACCAAAAAAUUACCCGAAUUGGCUGACAUUUCACACAAACGGUUGCCUGUUUACGUCAAAAAUGUUUGUCAUCCUGCUCACUCCUACCCAUUAUUAUUUUAUACGAUUUUCGACACUUGUUCAACAAUUUAAAAAAGCAACGUUUUCAGUCUUCCAGUAAAACUCUAGUGAAGCAGGUUGGAGUACAUAACUAUUUGCUAUCUGGCGUUGUGCCAUGAAAUAAUCGUCGGACAUAUCUAGUGUAAAGUUUAGAAGUGUACAAUCAGCUGCGCCCUAAUCAUGGACACCGACGACGUGGAAUCCUCCAGUAGCAGCAGCACCUUGUCGACGUUGAACAGUUUUUUCUCGUUCACCAGUCCGGCGGUUAAGAAACUGCUUGGCUGGAAGCAGGGUGACGAAGAAGAGAAAUGGGCCGAGAAAGCCGUCGACAGUUUGGUGAAGAAACUUAAGAAGCAAAAAGGUGCCAUCGAAGAUUUGGAACGGGCACUGUCCUGUCCCGGGCAACCAUCGAAAUGCGUUACGAUUCCAAGAUCUCUCGACGGACGAUUGCAGGUUUCCCAUCGCAAGGGUCUUCCACAUGUCAUCUACUGUCGGGUGUGGCGUUGGCCCGAUCUCCAAAGUCACCACGAGCUUAAACCGAUCGAAACGUGUCAGUAUCCAUUCACGGCCAAGCAGAAGGAAGUCUGCAUCAACCCGUACCACUACAAACGGGUUGAAAGCCCGAUCCUACCGCCGGUGUUGGUUCCUCGGCACUCGGAAUUCGCUCCCGGUCACUCGCUUUUGCCAUUUCAUCAGAUGAACGAAUCCAGCAUGCCACAUAACGUAAGUUACACGAAUUCCGGUUUCAACAACGCACACAUCGGUAGCGGAGGACCAAACUCACCCGCUUCAUCCCACAUGGGACCGAACAGUCCGAUCUCUUCGGUGUCCAGCCCAGGACCGAUCAACUCGAAUCCUCAAAGCCCAUACGGAUCUUUACCGGAGACACCACCUCCUGCCUACAGCCCCUCGGAGGAUGGCAGCAAUGCGGCCGGUACGGAAAGCAAUCAAAUGGACACCAAUCAGCUGCACGGCGAAGUGGCUCCGGUCAGCUAUCAGGAGCCUCCGUACUGGGCCAGCAUAGCAUACUACGAACUGAACUGUCGCGUUGGUGAAGUAUUCCACUGCAACGCGACCUCCAUCAUCGUCGACGGUUUCACCAAUCCAUCCAACAACUCCGAUCGCUUCUGUCUCGGUCAGCUCAGUAACGUGAACCGGAACAGCACCAUCGAAAACACCCGGCGUCACAUCGGCAAGGGAGUCCACCUCUACUACGUCGGGGGCGAAGUGUACGCCGAGUGCCUGUCGGAUUCGGCCAUUUUUGUGCAGAGCCGUAACUGCAACCAUCACCACGGAUUCCACCCGAGUACGGUGUGCAAAAUUCCGCCCGGAUGUUCACUGAAGAUCUUCAACAAUCAGGAAUUCGCCCAGCUCCUGUCGCACUCGGUCAACCACGGAUUCGAAGCGGUGUACGAACUGACCAAAAUGUGCACGAUACGGAUGAGCUUCGUGAAGGGCUGGGGUGCCGAGUAUCACCGGCAGGACGUCACUUCGACGCCCUGCUGGAUCGAGAUUCACCUGCACGGACCGCUGCAGUGGCUGGACAAGGUACUGAUUCAGAUGGGUUCGCCCCACAAUGCAAUCAGUUCGGUGUCGUAGGGAGGCGGAAUGAAGACCGAAAGAUUAGGGAGAGUAAUUUUUUUAAAGUAAAAUAAUAAAACUUCUGAUGUAAUAAAGCGAUCAAAUCUGAUGUGUAUUGUUUACAAAUAAAUUUCAACAAUUUUCAACCAGAAUGUAAAUAAAAUGACAAGAAGAAAUUAUAUUGUUAUAGUUCUUUUUCCACUGGCUAACAAUUGUCCAGUUUACCUAACCGUCCAACCGGAUUACCCUUUCAUCUACAAUUAUCCCGUCUGUAAACGCAUCUUUGAUCAGCGUACAACGAAACAUCGAAGACUAGAAAUACA